UCCCUGCCCAAGUGCAGCGAGUCCCCGCAACAACAAGAUGCUGGAUCCUGUAAGUGGCAUUAUUGAGGAGGAGGAGAGGGUUGUCCUUUUUUAUCCAACCCAACUACCCAAGGUGAGUAGGUGACACUUCGUUUCUCUCCUUCUAUAAUUCAUAUCCCUCUACUACUAUAGCUCCUACAAAAAGAAAAGAAAAACCCCAAGACUGAACAUGCUUUCCUUUUCCUUUCCUUUUCUUGAUGCUCACCUAACUCGAUCGUGUUCAGUUAGGCCUUUUGGAGGCCGAGCUCCACGGAGCUGGUUUUCAAAAUACGAAUUUCCACUGUUAAAAAUAGUUUGAAAAUUUUUAUAUACACUCUCACACAUGUGUAUUGCGUAUGUGCAAAAAUUCUUAACCAUAUACUUUCACACGUGGUGUACAAAAAAAACAAUAAUAUAUUUCUAGAAUGGGCCGAUUUUUUUUGUUGUUGGGCCGGAAAUUUUCUUUUUCGUACAGCCUACCAAUCACAAGAAAAUCAAAUGAUUUUUUCACACGUGCGUGCGAAAAUCAUAUAAGUUUCCUUGGAACUUUUUUCCAUUUUUUUGAAACUUUUAAAAAUGACUUUUGAACUUUUUUUUUCAAAAUACGAGCUCCCUGGAGCUCGUCCUCCGUUGACAAUUUCCAGAUCGUGUUGCGCUAUAGAGGGGAAAACAUUGCUGCUGUUAUUAUGUUAGCUAAACACUGCUGCUGCUGUUAUUUUCUUCAGAUAGCAAAAUAAACGGCCAGGACAUGACCUUGUACAUGACUUAGUCAAGCUGAUUUCAUAUGUUAGUUAGUUAGCUGAUGAAUAGGCGCAGCCUUGAUCUGGUCAUGGGAUGGCAUGACACGGUGAUGGCGGCAAGUGCGCACACCUUGCCCCGGCUGCUGGCAGAGGCAACCAUUGCGUGUAGGUGGCUGGGAGGAGAGGCCCGGCGACUAGGGGCAGCGGUGGAGGAGUCCCGACGACAAGGAGGCCGCGGCAGAAGAGGGCCCCACCAGAGGAGGGUCCGACCUAGGGUUCGGCCGGGGGGCACUGCAGAGGAGAGGCGGUGAUGACGAGAGCGCGCGGACGCGGCAUAGGAGAACAGCCGUGGCGGCAAGCGUGGCACGGGGGUGGAGGAGGGGCGCGGUGGUGACGAGGAACGGGGUUGUGGGCGAGAGCGGUGGAGAGACUUGAAAUUUGCAUUUUUGGGAGAGGGUAGGGUUGUUUUGGAUGGAGACAGCCGGGGGAUAACUGCAACUUCGAUAGUGGAGGGGGCUACCUGUGACGGGCGUGCUUAACUACCCGCCACCGCAAUAUGCUGUCAAUAGUGGCCCUCGUGAAAGGUCAACUUAGGAUGGUCAGUAGAGCCAGCCCGCCACUGCAAAAGCACGUAUCUGUGGCGGGUGCUCGUGCUCGCCCGCCACAGGUGAGUUAUACAAAAAAAAUUACGAAGGGACCGUAUGUGUGGCGGGCAUCCAAAAGCACCCGCAACUGCUUCUGCACAACUUGUGGCGGACGCACCAUGGCACCCGCCAUAGCUAACUUUUCCAAAGUAACUGUUGUGGGUGCCCUGCCCUGCCCGCCGCUAAUAUGUGAUCACCUAUAAGCCCUUUCCCAUUAGUGUCUUCAUCGUAAUGGAAACACAACACCCCAGGGGAAGCGAAAGAAGUUCAUGUGGCUGACUUUGCGCCUUUUGCACCCGGAGGAGUCUGGUGGUGAGGCUUGAAUGGUUUCUUCCUCAGGCUUCUGAGGACCUUUCCAGUUGUUCUUCCUCUUGGAAGAAUCGACAUGAAAAGCUUCAUCCUUGGCUUGCUUCAUAAUUCUCUCCUCUUCCUGGACAACCUUUAAUUUGCCGUUAUCUCUGCAAGUGUCCAUUUUUUAAGAGAACUUUAGUUGAUCGUAAACUGAUCAAACUGGCCAGGGAACUUUACUUAAUUCACACUUGAAAGCUUUGAGCUUUGAAGAGGCAUUCACCUUCCUCGGAAUAUGCCCUCUCACAUUCCCAUCCAUAUUAUAUUUCUCAAUAAGCUUCGCAAAAAGUUUAGAAUGGAGAAUCUUUCUGAAAACAACUUUGGAAAUGCAAACAUUUUUCGAAUGCAUGAACAAUUUUUUAGAACAUUUUGGUGAAAAGUUUGAACAUAUUUUUCAAAAUGCGAACAAUUUUUUAAACUUGGAACAUUUUUUAAAUGCAAUUUUUUUGAAUAUUUUCUAUAUAUUUAUAAAAUUUCAAAAAUGAAAAGCGAAGGAAAGGGAAAAAAAGAACAGAAAAACUAAAAAAGAUGAAAAUAAAACUUGAAAAAAAAACAGAAAAGGAAAACAAUGAAAAUAUAGAGAAGACAGCUUGUAAGAAGAGUGCGUGGGCUGGGAGUGUAAGGAAUGUGGUCCUUAGUGGGCUGACAUUGUUAUGGCAUCUGGGCCGUGGGCCAGUUCGAGCAGACAGCUUGUAAGAAGCGUGCGUGGGAAGACGACCUGGAAAGCUGGAACGCAAAGUCAUGGUGUACACACGACGAGUCAGCGAUUGGAAUGAUCCAUUUCUACGCGUAUUUGUGAUGGAAUCCCAAUUUGCUUCCUUAACCCCACUUCCGCUCCCACUUGCUCUCUUCCCUUCCCUUCCCUUCCCUUCCCUUGUGUAUCGAUCGGACACUCCGGCGCCGGCAGCGCCUCGUUCGCGCGCGUCCUCUCCUCUUCGUCGGAACAGCGACGGUAGGGGUGCGCAGCGUCGUCAGCUGAGGGGGAAUUUCCACGGUGAUUUUGUAGACCGGCCGAUCGAUCAAUCGGUUGCACUCAUGCGGAGGAAGAGAUGGCCGAUCCGUUCAGCCUCUUUAAGGAGUUCCUGGGGUUUGGGUUCAAGAUCAAGGGUGCGCUGGACAAGGCCAAACACAACGUGGAGGAGUGCCGCAAGAUCGACAACCUCCUGCUCAUCCUGAGGGCCAUCGCCAAGAACCUGCAGGGUUCGCCCAAGAUCAUGGAGGACCACUUGAUGAGGGACACGGCCAAGGGCCUAGAGAAGGCCCUGCAGCGCGCGUCCGAGUUUGUCGCCGAGUGCAAGCGCAAGGGGGUCCUGCGCCGUGCUUUCAACGCCACCGACAUCGCCGAGAAGCUGGGCGGGGUCUGCCUCGAUGUGCUGCUCAACAUGAACGCCCUACUGCUUGCCAACGGUGCCUUGAACAACUCGGAGCUGGCCGAGCUUAAGGAAAUUGUGGCUCAGCUCCGCGCCGACGGUGCCUUGAACAAUUUGCUGUUGACCAAGAUUCUGCAGAUUCUUGCUGAUUUGCCACAAGAGGUGGAAAAAUUGGUGAAGGACAACCAGAUAAGUUCUAAAAUUAAAGACAAAAGGGAGACAAAGAAAACAGCUGUAGCUAGUUCCCAAAACAAAAACAAAGGGGAGGCAAAGGAAACAGAUGUUGCCAGGCCGAAAGGGAAGAUUCAGAAAAACAAGAAACUAGGGGGUAGCACGGUGGUGCCAGAUACUUCCUUACCAGAUGGCUUAGAUGAGUCCGCUUCAGCGGCCAGGGUGGUUGGACAAGGCUCUAGUACUGGUAUUAUCAAUAAGGCAAGGAGCUCUAUCUCCAAGUCGGUGGACAAGGCACAGUCAGUGGGAGUUUCUGCAGCACCAUUCCAUCCGCAGAAAAUAAUCAGCAUAUCCAAGGAACCCGGAGAGACAGGCGGAUAUAAGAUAGACACCUGUUCCUCUGAGACUAGCAAGCUUCUUGAGGUCUACCCGCAGCGGCUUCUCUUCCCCAAGGAGCCAAAAAACAAGGAAACUACUGGAUCUGGAUGCCCAGUGACCCUAACCAACAGGACAAACCGUUACGUUUGCAUCUGGAUUAAACCAAUAAAUGGGCAAUUUACAAAAUCAGAGAUAAUGAAGCCCCAUUCGACUUUGGUUGUGUAUGCGACAAUGAAUAUGCAUGCACAACCUCCCAAAGACACGGUCAAGUUUGAGGUGCUCAUGAUUAUCGUAGAGUCGAAGCAAGACUACGGAAAAUUGGAGUCAUCCAUUUCUGGCAAGCUGAAAAUGGACAGUGGCUUUAUGAAGCAUGUUAAGAAGCUUAAGGCAGAGGUGUAUCGGGCAAUGCUGACACCUAUCACUUGUGAUCUCGCAAGCUGCCAGAUCAUAUCAAGAUCAAUAAAGAGAAUGACCCUGGUGACAUCCAUUGAUGCGCACCCCACUAAGCCAUGGAUUGUGACGGGUCAUGAGGGAGGGGAUUUUUCCAUUUGGGACUACCAGAAGCAGGAAACUGUGAUGAAGUUGCAGGUCAAUGAGGUGCCAGACAAGGGUGCAUGGCAGCGACCUGCCUUUUUUCAACUCAUCAAAGAGAGGUCUGUCCAAGAUUCGGUUUUUUCAGUCAAAUUUACCGCCGAAGGGAAACGGUUGGUAGUGGGGGAUGGUCGCGGAUACAUCUAUGUCUAUGAUUCCACCAACACUAAGCUGCAGGAGGUCAAGAAAAUCAGAGCUUAUGAUAAAAAAUCUGUGAACUCUCUGGCUGCACACCCAGCAAAGCCAUACCUUCUUUCAUCGUCUGCUUUUAGUAGAAAUAUCAAGCUUUGGGACUGGAGUGAGAACUGGAAAGUUCAAAAUUUCGACGUGAAACCUGAGAAUACAUAUUAUGAUGGUGUGCACAGUGUCAAGUUUAAUCCAAGGGACACCAACACUUUUGCUUGUGUUACCGAUGAGGACAGAGUAAAGGUCUGGAACAUCAAAACUUCCAGUCUUGAAACCACACUGAAGGGGCCAUUCGUCAUGGCUGAUUAUUUCUUCACUCGCGGUCAUCAGCACUUGAUGGUUACUUUGAGAUUUGACUCACACAACUCUGAGAUAUGGGAUUUGAAGACACAAGAAGUUGUUCACACUCUUAGCGUGAGUGGGCGUAAAAUGACCUGGGUUGCUUGCCACCCAAAGCUUCCAAUACUGGUUACAAUGUUAGAUGAUGGGACUGUAUGUUUGUGGGAUGCCAGUACCUACAGGCUUGAGAAAAUGGUUCACAUUACCAACAGCAAGUGUCGUGAUUUGGUAUUUGUCCAAGACACAAAUGGCCGACCCAGGCUCGCUAUCGCAUUUAAGACAAGGAUAGCAAUCAUGCAAGUUAAUUUGCCAAUUGCAAAUACAAGCAAUGCAAGUGGAUGAAUAACGGGAACUAACUAGGAACAACCUCCCUGGGGGGCAAGGCAACGGAGGCCAUCACGGAGAUUGGGAUAAUGUAUUUAUGUAUUUGGGGAAUUGAUAUUUCCUCCUGUAAUUAAUCUUGUAAAAAUACUGUUGUGGAUAAGGAUACUUUUGUGAGCAUUGUGAUAUUUUUAUUAUAUUUUUUCUGAAUUUUAUUAUAUUUAUUA